AUGGCUUCAUUUAUUAUGAAACAAAUGAUGGGCUCUCAGUUAGAUAAAGUUAAAGAAUUGACUGGUGGUGAUGGCGAUAAGAAAGAUGGUGGUAAUGAUGAAGAAGAUCCCGAGUUAAAUGUGAAUACAUUAUUUCUAUCUGCCCCUUCAUCGAAUACAACUCGAAGACUUUCAUUUGUACCAUUAUUUACAAAAUCAACACCAUCAUCACCAUCACCUACACCAACGACUCUUCGUCGUAAGAGUAUGGUAGAAUCACCGGCGGUUGCUGAAGCUCGACGUGAAGCCGAAGAAAAACGGGAUGCAAAGUAUGCUAAAAUGGAACGUCAACGAGAAGAAGUUCGACAAGCUAUUAGAGAAAAAUAUAAUAUCAAGAAAAAAGAAGAAUCAGUUCCAUUGCCACCACCGUGCGAAGGACGUUUGACAGCCGAUAAAAAAGGACCUAUUCCGUUACCGGAUGAUGAUGAUAGUUUUGAUCCAGUUAAAAUGGCGACAAAUGCAUUAAAUACAAUAACCGAUAAAUUGCCAUUUAAAUUACCAUGGAAAUAA